GAGGAGGAGGAAUCAAUAUAUAUUUAAGUAAUAACUGUUGAAAUAGUUAUUUGGGUAUAAUGUUUGAACCCAGGUGGCUGCCACUAAGCUCCCACAAACUGAGAGCACUGAGUAGAUUGUUUUUCUGUUAGUGAUUUCAGAAAAUGAAGAUGAAACUGUGGUUGACGUUGGUGCUGGUAUUUGGUGUUGCUGUGGUCUUUGCUGAAGAUGAUGACGAUGUUGUGGAAGACGAAGAUGAUGAAAGUCCAGUAACAAAUGAGGCUGAGCCAAGUACUCCACCGCCACCUAAGGUCACUUAUAAAGCUCCUGUUCCAAUUGGACGAGUGCACUUUGCAGAAUCAUUUGAUAAAGGCACUUUGGAUGGCUGGGUCCGAUCCAAAGCCAAAAAAGAAGACACUGAUGAAGAUAUUGCAAAAUAUGAUGGAAAGUGGGAAGUGGAAGAUAUGAAGGACACUAAACUCCAUGGGGACAAAGGAUUGGUUUUGAAAACUCGUGCCAAGCAUCACGCGAUUGCUGCUUUGUUGAACCAACCAUUUGUGUUCGAAGAUAAGCCACUUUUUCUUCAGUAUGAAGUGAAUUUUCAGAAUGGAAUUGAAUGUGGUGGAGCAUACAUUAAGUUACUGUCGAAAACCAAAGACCUAACUCUGGAGAAAUUUUAUGACAAAACCCCUUACACCAUCAUGUUUGGCCCAGACAAGUGUGGUGAAGAUUACAAGCUCCAUUUUAUCAUCAGGCAUAAGAACCCAAAAACCGGCGAGUUUGAGGAAAAGCAUGCAAAACGUCCUGAUGUGGACCUGAAAAGCUAUUAUACAGACAAGAAGACUCACCUAUACACUCUCGUGCUCAACCCUGACAACUCAUUUCAGGUCCUGAUUGACCAAACUGUUGUUAACAGUGGCAGCCUACUAGAAGACAUGACUCCACCUAUUAAUCCGCCAAAAGAGAUUGAAGAUCCUAAUGAUCAGAAGCCUGAAGACUGGGAUGAGAGACCAAAAAUUUCUGACCCUGAUGCAGUCAAACCUGAUGAUUGGGAUGAAGAUGCUCCUGAUAAGAUUCCUGAUGAGAGUGCUGUGAAGCCAGAAGGCUGGCUUGAUGAUGAGCCCGAGUACAUUGCUGAUCCUGAUGCUGAAAAACCAGAGGACUGGGAUGAAGAAAUGGAUGGAGAAUGGGAGGCUCCUCAAAUAGCCAAUCCAAAAUGUGAAUUGGCUCCUGGGUGUGGCAUGUGGAAGUUGCCAAUGAUCGAUAACCCAGAUUACAAGGGGAAAUGGAAAGCUCCAAUGAUUGAUAAUCCCAAUUACCAGGGUAUCUGGAAACCAAAGAAGAUUCCCAAUCCCAACUACUUUGAGGAUCUGCAUCCAUUCAAGAUGACCUCCUUCAGCGCUGUUGGCUUGGAGCUCUGGUCAAUGACGUCUGAUAUCUUCUUUGACAAUUUUAUAAUCUGCUCUGACAGGGCAGUGAUUGACCAAUGGGCUUAUGAUGGUUGGGGUCUGAAGAAAACAGCAGAGGGUACUGCUGAGUCAGGAGUAGUUGGACAGCUGAUGUCAGCAGCUGAAGAGCGCCCGUGGCUUUGGAUUAUAUACAUCCUGAUCAUUGCCUUACCCGUGUUCCUGGUUAUUGUAUUCUGCUGCACUGGAAAGAAAGAUGCUGCUGCAGAGUACAAAAAGACUGAUGCUCCACAACCUGAUGUAAAGGAUGAAGAGGGAGAGGAGAAAGAAGAGCAGAAGGAGGAAGAAGAGAAAAAUGAUACAGAAGAAGAGAAAAAUGAUACAGAAGAAGAAAAGAUAACUGAAGAGAAGCAGAAUAAUGAUACCGAGGAUGCUGUGGAAAAUGCCAGCCAGGAUGAGGAUGAGGAGGAGCAGAAGGGGACAAGGGAGAAGCCAAGCGCAGAGCAUGAUGAUGAAAAGAUGGACAGUGCCAAUGCAGAGCCACAGAAUGACUGAGAUGUUACUGUCAUAAUAUCAUUUGGGCAUGACUUUGGAUAUCAAAGGCGAGACCAUCAUUUCUGGGAUUUGAGAGCUGAACUUUUUACAGGAUUACAUGAAGAAAAAGUACGCGCAACAAUAAAAACCAUACUGACCAAACACUAGCUAGACCAGGUUAUCGUAUGUGUUCAGUGAGGGCUGAAAUCUGAAUUGAAAUGUGCUUUAUGUAUGCACAAUGUUAGAAACAAAUUCCUGCUUACUUACAGUCUAAAAACUAUGUUGGUUAAGUUCCUGGUAAUUGUCAAUUAGAUUUCAGGCUUGCUAAAUUUUAGAAAUGUUUAUUCAGGUCUUUGCCCUAUUGCAAAAAGCCAGCCCAGACGAUCGAAUGAGUGGGGUGUGUGGGCAAUCUACUGGCACUCUAUAUCAUGUUACUAGCUUUAACUGCAGGCAAUGUUGUAUUUGCAUUGACCACUUUUGCAAAAAGUCCUAAAAUGAAAUCCUGUUAAUUCCAACAGAAAUGCUUCCUAGUCUUGUGUCCUGAUAGUAUCUGGAAUAGGGAGGUUAAUGUGGAUUGAGUCCAUUUCCAUUACACAUCCUAAUCAGUCUUGAACUUGUUCCUGCAUCAUCCUUAUCGGAGCAGUUAGCAGAAGCUUAAUAUGCCAGCUUUAUUGACCUGUGCCAGCCUUCCCAUCAGCUCUCUGUUAAACCAACUCCCUCACUUCCUCAUCAUGAAAAUGUGGGAGGAAGAAUUUGCAUCUCCCCAAUCUGAAACCAGUACUGUUAUCGUCCUGUUUUGAUCUAUUGUCACACCGCCCUUUUCCCUUCACGUCCACUUUGCCCUCUUUCCUUUCAGAGUUGAAAAGAUUUUAGAUCUUUAAAUCUAUCUGAGGUGGGAGGGAAUGGGGGUUAGGUAGAAAGUUAAAUAAUCCCACAGAAAAGCAUUGAACAGUAUUAAUUUUAUAAUACAUGGCUAAGCAUGCACAGAUAAACACUGUCUUUUCAUUGUGGAACUUGGUUUGUCUGUAUCACACCAUUAUGAUAAAAGUAAUGACUACCUAGAUGAUUAGAAGAUACUCAACAUAAAAAUAAUGCAACACCUCAUGGUGCCAGUGUGGUGUAACAUUUGUAUUUUAAAAUUCUUGGUGAAUUCAGUCCCACCUGAGCUACUGUACUUUUUCCUUUUCCUCUCAAUAUGUAAUUCACUUUCAAAGCUUCUGUCACUUUUUUGUGCAGUAUCUUGGAGGCAUAUUGAUGAAAUCCUUUAGUAGGGGGAGAAAGGGUAUGUUGAUGUAGAUUAGACCAAUAUACCUCACUCCUGGGUGAAAUUUUCAGGCACGUCUAAUGAUAGCAAGCACAUAGUAAUACCAGUUUAUAUCAGGAAAUAUUCAUUGUGUAUUUACAUAUUUCUAUUCCAGUUCCCAGUCCCUCUUGCUGAGUUACAAGAGCAGUGUGGUCUUUGCUCUCAAACAUUUCCUGCUGACCAUGUUCUACUGCACUGAAUUGUCUACAUUUUUUUCUUUUUGCUGCUGCCAUUUGAAGUUCAUUGAAGGGAUCUAACUCAAUUAACUACAGUACUUGUAGCAAACCUGCCACCCUCUCCCCUCCCUGGCUGAGCUCCAUAAAUAUUUAAUUUGUCUGGUUUAAUUUUGGGUAAUCAUGAACUGUAAUCAUUUGUAGAGUUUGUAGUGUUUUAUUCUGGCUGGGGAUAUGCUAAAGUUACUGUAAUAUUGGUAGUUUUGUGUUUGAGAAGAAAUGGAAAAUGUGGCCUUGACAGUCACAGUGAAAACAGAAAAGCUACUCCAUGGUCCUGUAGGAUGCCCAGAACAUAAAUGGAGGCUUUUUAAUUAGAUCAUGUCAUGACUCUACCUUUUGAAUAUGUACUUUGGUGUUUAAAGCAUCUAUUAGCUUUCUGGCUAUAUAUUUUUCACUCUGCUUUUAUAAGCAGUUGAAAGUUCUAAAUGAAGAAGCUCAGAUAGUACGGAGACUAUCUCACUGUCACCAUUAAAGUCUUAUUACCGUUGUUGAAUGCCAGUGUAAUUUCCAAUUAAAAUACCCAAGGGAGGAUUUCAAAACUCAAACACCAAGGUUUUAAUAUAACAACUAAAGGUUAAAUGCCAUCUUUCUCUCAUGUUCACAAGCUACCUUACUGUACACAUGUAUAAUAAGACAGAUCCUUCAACUUUGUUGUGAAUGGUUUGUAACUGUGUGAAACUUUGAACAGUGGAUUGCAACAAGCAAUAUUUGGCAAGUCUGAUCUCCGUGAUCUCCAGUUAAAUAUGCUUUCUGAGUUGGCAAAAGUUCACUUUUAUUUCAAUUCACUAUUUUCAGUACAAUGUUGUCAAUUUAUAAUUUGAGGUCUAAUGUUCACUUUUUAAAAAAAGAAAGAUAUUACAUACUUUUGCCACCUAGUUUGAAGGAUCUCCAUUCUAUUGGAUGGAUGACUUGAGUUGUGUAGACAUACUAACCCCCUGAUGGUUCAGCAGUAGCACACAAUGAUCUUCAGAGAUGUUUUAUAAGUUUUAAAAAUGCUGAUUAUGUAUAGAGAUUGGUAUUAGAUAAAAUUGACUCUGUUUGUAUCCCAGAUUAAGUUAUGCUUGAGUACAUUCCUUACAGGAAUGCAAGUUCAAGAUCAUGUGAUUUAAAUGAUUCCUGCAACUAAAAUAUUAAUUAAAA